AAAUAACUUUACUUUCUUGUGUUUGACGUAACAGCUUAUUGCUAUAAAGAAGAUAGUUAAUGAUGCGAUUGGUUUGUUUCGUGUGUUCCGCGCGUUUUGUUUGUGUUCUAUUUAAGAUAUCGUAUACGCAAUCGUCUGUUGCAUGUGAUCGAAGAGUGACCGUCAGUUUUUACACAGAAAUCCUCUAGUCCUAUCACAAUGUCUAAAUCAUUCACAGAAAACACUAAGAUUGCAAAACCUAAUAUGACUCAUAUUUCUGAAGAGGUUAUAAGUUGUGGCCAGUUUGUAUCAUUAGAAAAUUAUAUAUAUAAAGACCAAGAAGGUGUUGAGAGAACUUGGGAAGUUGCUGGCCGUACUUCUAAACCUGCUCCUGGAAAUCCUGAUUGUGUAGGUUCAUUGGCUGUAUUGCAGCGGUUGCUUAAAUAUGACUGUCUUAUUUUAGUGAAGCAGUAUAGACCUUCUCUCAAGAGUUAUACAUUAGAAUUACCUGCUGGCCUUGUUGAUCCAUUGGAGAAACCCGAAGAAACUGCUAUCAGAGAGCUCAAAGAAGAAACUGGAUACAUAGCAUCAUGUGUGAAACAUACAAGCCCUCUGACAGCACUUGAUCCGGGUAUGUCCAGAUGCACAAUGAAAGUAGUUACUCUAGAGGUUGAUGGUGAUGUGUAUGCAAACCGAUAUCCCACACAAAGUCUUCACGAUUCCAAAAAUAUUGAAGUAGUUCACAUUCCAGUAGAUGAGCUUCUUACAAGAUUGAAUGAAUAUAAUGAACAAGGGAUUAUAAUUGAUUCAAGAGUUUAUUGCUUUGCCAUUGGCUUAACCAUUGGAGCAAAAAAUGCCAGUUAUAAACAAACAGCUAAUCCUUACUGAUGAUAAAUUUCAUUAGCAAAAAAUUUUUAUUGCUAUUGGUAAAAUAUUUGUAUAUUUAACUGUACCAAUGUACUUUUUAUCAACUUGUUUAUGCCAUCACUUAAUCGUUUUGAAAUGUAUUCAUUUGUACCAUGUGAGUAAGAAUGCUAUGUGUUCUAAAAAAUCUUGCAUUAUAACUUUUAAUGAAUUCUUAAUUUAUGCUAAAACAGUUUUAACUGUACCUGAACUUUUUGACACUGGUAUAUUUUCCCCUCUGUUAUAAGCUCUAGAGUUAAUUGUCCUAAGUGUUAAGUACUUUUAAUAAAAUCACUUUGCCAUGUUCUGUAAUAAAUGUUGUAUAUUUGCACUGAAAUAUGUAGAUAUAUUUUUGACAAUAUUUUGUGUGUUUUUCUGACUGUGUAUUUGAUAGUUUUUGUAAACUAAUUCUUGUAUAUCAUUGUAAAUGGUGUUGAAAUAAAAUUUGUUUUUUCAUUA